CAGAUUACUGGAUAACAUUGGAUUAAAGAAUUUAUCAUCUUUGAACUCUUCAAUGAUAAUUUUGCAUUCCUAUUAAACUUGGAUUACAAAAGAGUUUGCAGCAUCUCCAGAUAUUGACCAGGAUAAGAAAUUUUUUUAGGAAUGAAGUGUGUAAACAUCUGCAUAUUGUGGUGAGAAAAUAUAAAUUAUGGAAAGGGAAUUGUGUGAGGACAGUGUGAAAUGUAAAAUGCUGACGGAAAGUGUUGACUUUAAUGGGGAGGUGCCAAAAGAUAUAGGGAAACCAUCUCACAACUGUGAUAUCUGUAAAAAGUCAUUUGCUCGAAAAGAAAGCCUCGCUACUCACAAACGUAUUCAUACUGGAGAGAGACCGUAUCAGUGUGAUAUCUGUGGAAAAUCAUUCUCUCAAAAAUAUGCAUUAACGAAUCACAAACGCAUUCAUACUGGGGAGAAGCCCUACCACUGUGAUAUCUGUGGUCAGUCAUUCUCUGAAGGAGGAACCUUGACUAAGCACAAACGCAUUCAUACAGGAGAGAAACCUUAUCAGUGUGAUUGCUGUGGUCAGUCGUUCUCUGAAGUUGGUACAUUAACUAAACACAAACGUAUCCACACUGGAGAGAAGCCAUUUCGUUGUGACGUCUGUAGCCAGUCAUUCUCUGAAGGAAGCAGCUUAACUAGACACAAACGCAUUCAUACAGGAGGGAGACCAUAUCACUGUGAUGUCUGUGGUCAAUCAUUCUCUCAAAGUCAUGUCUUAACUAAUCACAAACGCAUUCAUACAGGAAAGAGACCUUAUCAGUGUGUUAUCUGUGGUCAAUCAUACUCUACAUUAAGUAUCUUAAGUACACACAAACGCAUUCAUACAGGUGAGAAACCAUAUCAGUGUGAUGUCUGUGGUAAAUCCUUCUCUCAAAAUAAUGUCUUAAAUAAUCACAAACGCAUUCAUACAGGAAAGAGGCCGUAUCUAUGCGUCAUCUGUGGCCAGUCGUACUCUACAGCAAGUACAUUAAGUACACACAAACGUAUUCAUACAGGAGAGAAACCUUACCAGUGUGAUAUCUGUGGUAAAUCAUUCUCUGAAAAUACACACUUAACUGUACACAAGCGCAUUCAUACAGGGGAGAAACCAUAUCAGUGUGAAAUCUGUGGUCAGUCAUUCGCUGUAGGAGGUACCUUAGCUAAGCAUAAACGUAUUCAUACGGGAGAGGAACCAUAUCAGUGUAAUACUUGUGGUCAGUCAUUCUCUCAAAAUGAUCAAUUAAAUAAGCACAAAUGUAUUUCCGCAAGAGAGAAAGCAUAUCACCAUGAUAAUUCAUUCUCUGAUAAUGAUGUGUGAACCAAAAAACAAACGUAUUGAAACAGGAGAGAAAGCAUAUCAGUGUGAUAUUUGUGGUAAAUCAUUCUCUCAAAAACUCCCACUUAACUAGUUGUUGUUGGCACUCCGUCGCUUACGACAUCGAGGGUUCCAGUUGAUCUGAUCAACGGAACAGCCUGCUCGUGAAAUUAACGUGCAAGUGGCUGAGCACUCCACAGACACGUGUUACCCUUAACGUAGUUCUCGGGGAUAUUCAGCGUGACACAGUGUGACAAGGCUGGCCCUUUGAAUUACAGGCACAACAGAAACAGGAAGAAAGAGUGAGAGAAAGUUGUGGUGGAAGAGUACAGCAGGGUUCGCCACCAUCCCCUGCUGGAGCCUCGUGGAGCUUUUAGGUGUUUUCGCUCAAUAAACACUCACAACGCCCGGUCUGGGAAUCGAAACCGCAAUCCUAUGACCGCGAGUCCGCUGCCCUAACCACUGGGCCAUUGCGCCUCCAUUCACUUAACUAGACACAGGUGCAUACUUACAAGAGAGAGAUCUUUUCUGGUUAGCCAUUCUCUAAUGGAAGUACCUCAGCUAAACAUCUUCAUCUUAGAGAGAAGCCGUGUUGUGAUCAGUGUAAUAAAUCAUUGAAUCAAAUGGCGAAAUUAAUUGAACACAAAUAUAUUCCUACAGAAGAUAUCACUGAUAUCUUUGACAAACCAUCCCACUGAAAUGAGGACAACUACACCCUAAUGCAUUCAUACAGAAGAGAAUCCAUAUUGUGAUAUAAAUGGAAAAUCAUUCUCUCCAAAAAGACUCUUAACUUCACAUGUUUGUUAUUCACAGAGAAGACCAACUCAUAUAUUUCCCAAGAAAAUAUGAUAUUGCUCCUUGGAUGAACGUAUGAGAGCUUUUGUAUGUGUCUGUAGUGAAGACAUUGAAUGUAACUACACAAAGACGUGUUACACUGGAACAAUUUUAAAAACAUUAUGCCCUAACCUAACCCUAACUCCAUCAACACACUGAAUACAACACCAACUGGAACUGUAUGGAGAAAGAGAAAGGAGCUUUCAAAAGACAUAGAAGUACAGCUAGAACCAGGAUUAAAGAGUCCAAAUGAAAAUUCUAUCAGUUAUGUAUGUCAUUAUGAAUAAAUAAUUAUUCAACUUGAUAAUAUAAUCGUGUAUUAUAAACUGUUGUGGUGGAGGUAGACGAGACACUAAACUGGCACCGAAGUAAUUUACGGGUAGAAAUGAAUGUAGAGUGAAAUCAUCAUCAUCGUUUAACGUCCGCUUUCCAUGCUAGCAUGGGUUGGACGAUUUGACUGAGGACUGGUGAACCAGAUGGCUACACCAGGCUCCAAUCUGAUUUGGCAGAGU